GGCUGAUUUUAUAUAUAGUCGGUGAAACAGGAAACUUCUCUUUAUAUUAUAGCUAUCUUUUCAUACAUCGAAGCUUCCACCAACCGCCGCCUUCCUCCGCCGUACGCCGCCGUAAUGACCACUGUUAACUCCGACGACGUUUUGGAAACACCGGUGUUAGAUGACGUGGCACACAGCCUCCUCCAAAGCAUAUCCGAAGAAGGCGGCUACGCGUUCGUGAGGAUGUCAACACGCGCCGCGAGUGGAGACGCACGCGUGGCAGAGGAGGCGCGUGAGAUGGCUUGGGAGCAGCUACAUUCCGGUCCGUGGCACACGGUGCUGCCGGUGUGGAGAGAUGCUUACGCGAUGGCAUGUUUGUAUGUGGCGAAAGUGUUGUACAGGAAUGGUGAGUAUAAAGAGGCGAUUAGGGUUUUAGAUAUGGGAAUGAUAAUGGGAGGAAAUGUAUUGCGAAAGGAUUUGGAGAUUGCGAUUGAGAAGGCGACCGAAAAGGCGAAAAAAGAUGAUGAGGUUGUUAAUGGCUCUGCUAGAUUGAUAACAAAUCAAAAUGCAUUUAACUUGAUGGAGGUCCUUCAGUUCUUACCCAAGAAGUCAUUGUCUUGUAAACUUGUUGGGAAGAGAUCUGCCCUUUCGCUGGAGGGAUUUAUGCGUGACUAUUUCCUCCCAGGUUCUCCUGUUUUAUUAAGUGAUAGUAUGACUCAUUGGCCCGCCAGGACCAAAUGGAAUGACUUGAGCUACCUUAAAAAGGUUGCUGGCUACCGAACAGUUCCUGUCGAGAACAUCUUGCAGGUUGGAAAAAACUAUUUGUGUACUGACUGGAAGCAGGAGAUGUUAACAUUCUCUGAGUUCCUUGAUAGAAUACAGUCCAACAGUCCUGUUGUACCUACUUAUUUAGCGCAGCAUCCCUUGUUUGACCAGAUCCAAGAGCUAAGGAAUGACAUUGUUGUCCCUGACUACUGUUUUGCUGGUGGAACUGAAAUGAAGUCUGUCAAUGCUUGGUUUGGUCCAGCUGGCACAGUAACACCGUUACACCAUGACCCUCACCAUAAUAUUCUUGCUCAGGUUGUUGGAAGGAAAUACGUCAGGCUCUAUCCAGCUUCAUUUUCAGAGGAACUUUACCCACACACUGAAUCAAUGCUGAAGAAUUCCAGCCAGGUCGAUCUGGACAACAUGGACGUGAAUGAGUUCCCAAAGAUCCAAGAUUUGGAAUUUCUGGACUGCAUUUUAGAGGAAGGGGAGAUGCUUUACAUCCCUCCCAAAUGGUGGCACUAUGUCCGAUCGCUCACUACAAGUCUAUCUGUUAGCUUCUGGUGGAGUGCUUCACCAAGUUCACCAACCUUAUGAUAAUCAGUAAAUCACAAUAGCUUUAGCUUAUGUGAUACAUUUAUUGGAUAGGUUAGUCAUUUAUAUGCUAGUAAGUCGUCAGUGAUCAUUAUCAUUGUUAAUGUAUCAAUGGAUUGCUCCCUUUUCAUUGCAAUGCUACUGGUACAUUCUUAUUAAAACUUGUUUCCUUGUGAAAA